AUGGCCUCCGGGAAUGAGAGGCGGGAGCUGGCGAAGCUCUGCAGCGCCAAGGACUGGUCCAAGGCCAUUCGUAUCCUGGACAACAUCCUGGCCGAGUCCUGCUCCAUCCAAGAUAUCUGGUAAUCACGCGUCGCCCGGUCCGCGUCUCUCUCGGUUUCAAUUUACGUCGUAAUUUGUCAUGGAAGAUCUGGAUAGUUACCAAUUUUCCUACGGUCGUUUCUCGGUUGGCAAAGUUCAUUGAAUCGUUCCUUUUUUUCUCUGUUGGAUUCCGCAGCAAUAGAGCCUUCUGCUAUAGCCAGCUGGAGUUACACAAACACGUGGUAAAGGACUGUGACAAGGCGCUGCAGAUCGAUUCCAACCUUCUCCAGGCUUACAUUCUGAAAGGUAGCAUCAUAAUUGUUAUCUCCGAUUGGUGAAAUGGCCGCCUAUUUUCUUCAGAAACCCGUCCCCAUUCUGUUGAAUGUAAGACGUGUUCCAGUUGUUCUGCAACCGAUUAUUGUAAAUGGAGAACCUAGAGGGUAAGACAUCGGAAGUCUCCCGACUUGCAACGAUGAACUCCGAGGGGAGGUGCUUUUCCCUCACGUACAGCAUAGUGAACAUAUCUUGACAGCAUUUGGACAUGACCUCCAUUUCUUGCUACCUCGAUGAAGGAUUUCUGGGCCAUCUGAUGACCUAUGUGCUACAAGUUUAUCAUCUAUUCAUUGUCACCUGAUCACUUGGACCAGUGUUGACCUUGUACAUGUCUUUUGGAGCAGAUUAGAAUAUGGAACAUUUUCUCACUCUGUUGACUAGAUAUUCUGAGAGAAAAGUAUGAUGAGAUAUUUUAGUAUGCCAGGCUCCGAAAAACGAUGGCUGUAUCUAUCAAUUUGGUUUUUGUUUUUGGACGAGUUUAGAGAAUUAAAAAUAGCUCUCGAAAUUGUGUUCAUCUGCCGCUCCAAUAUCCUAGCAGCUUAGAACCUUUGAAUUUGGAGUUCUUGGCUUCUCAAUGCAAGUUGUUUAAUAAGAUUAUUUACGCGGAUGUAUUCGAUACGUUUUAUUCUCCUGCAGUAACUGUCUUAGAUCGAGUCCCAGAUAUUACUAGCGGCUUCAAACAUUCAGAGUUAUAUAAUUAUAUGAUAGGCCUCUCUGCUUGAUCCCACAAGUCUAUAGUUGUAUUGAGAAACAACUGUGAAUAAACUCUUUACUGCUGUUUGCUUCAUAAUCCAAAUCUGGACAUCUUCAUAGUCUCCUCUUUCUAUUAUUAUUAACAUCAUUGUAGGCUGGUAAAGUAUCUGAGUCACUGACAAAACUCUCUGUUCUAUGUGACUAAUCCAGUAGUUAGUUCAGAAAAAUGGGAUGACGAUGCAAACCCAGUCAAGAAUCAUGUUAGACGUGCAGACUUAAUAGCAUUUAUCAUAAUUUCCUAGUUUUAAAUUUCUUGCAGCUACUUGGGUUUCAUUCGUGCAAUGAUUGCCUCAAAUUUGUUCAUUGAGACUGAUAUUUUGCUAUUAUCCGAUUAGCGUAUGAAUCGUUUAGAUUUAUAACUAUCAUUUGCAGGUCAUGCACUGUCAGCUUUAGGAAGAAAAGAGGAAGGCCUUCUUGUUUGGGAGCAAGGCUAUGAAAAAGCUGCCAACCAGUCUGCCGAUUUGAAGCAGUUUCUGGAGCUGGAAGAGCUCGUUGCUUCUGGAAAGCAGAAUAAGGCUAUGAUUUGCGACCAGCAUGUUGUGGACUCCCUUCCAUCUGCUUCCGAUUUGGUUAGCACUGUGGAUUCUAAUUCAGCCUCAUCUUCUUCAGAUACUAUUCCACUAGAAACCUCAAGCACAAUAUCAUCUUCCUCUGAUGUCAUCCCUCUGGACUCUAGUACCAUCACUUCUUUAUCAAAUGGUAGUCCUGUGAGCAACAAAAAAUCGAAUGAGACAAAUGAGACCAACUGGAAACCAGGUAGUCUGUCUGAAAUGUGCAACGUCCUGAAUGAUUCAGUCAAAUUCAGUAGGAAGGUCUCUUUUAAUGAUCUUCCAAAGAGCAAGUCAAUAAGCGUGGAUUUCCGGCUAUCUCGAGGAAUAUCACGGGUACAGAGCCUCACAUCUUUCUGUUGUUUUCUAUUAACUUUUAAUCAAAUUUGAGGUUUCAACUUUAACCGUUUUUAUGUUUAGGUACUUUGAAUGUGGUUGAACCUUGGUUCUGUGGCUUUAUGUGAUGCAGUUUCUUCAUUCAAUUCAAUUUGUUGAUUAUGUGUCGAAUCUAUCACUUUUUGACCAAGGACUUGUUAUGGGCUUUUUUUGGAAAACUAGCUUCGUCAGAAACUAGGGCAUAUGGGUGUAGGAUGAAAGAAUUCAGAUUGACAAUUGAGAGAAAUAAUUGGAGAUCAUUCGAGGUUGUGGAUUUUGAUCUGUUGAUAUUCCAGUUGAAAGACUUCCAUGGCAUAUUUCAUGGCAAUAUUUUGUGUGAUGCACAAUCUUGUCUUUUUUAUAAACGUGUCCAUCUAUAUCCAAUCUUGUCAAAUUAGUGGAGCCUCAGGGGGAUACCCAUACAAUGGUAGGCACAUUUUUUUAUUGAGAAGCAAUAAGCAUCAGGCGAACUUAACGACUGGAUAAUUCUUUCACUGGUAAGAGGACAGGUUCACUACACUCAAUAAGAAUUUGGUGUUUAGCUGUCUAUCAGGGUGUCAAAUAUUCUAGAGUGUACUUUUUUGACAGCAUUUGAUUCCGAGAGGAAUUUGCUUAGUAUAAUAUCGCCUCUACCGGAAAGCAUCCCAGUGUGGUAUUUACAUUGUCAUUUGCAUUGAAUACUUGUCUGAAAAGUGUACUAUUGAUUGGGCAAUUCAGGAGACACUUGGUUUAUUUAGACUUGAAAAUGACGAAGUGGAAACUUUUGAAGUGAGGACGUUCUGGUUAAGAUGAAUUGGGUUAUAAUUGCGAUUUUCAUUUUCGGAACCUGCAAUAGGAAAAAGUCCUUGAGUCUGAAGCUCUGGAUAACUGCCAUCUGUUGCAAGCUUACUCAGUUUAAAUGUUGAAAAAAAAAGAAAAGAAGAGUAUGCUUUAAAGACAAAGGACAUAUGUACGAAUGCUUAUUAAAAAGAGCUGAGAAUGGUUUUGAAUGUAAUCUAUGGCAGAGGCAGAAAACUUGUGAUCGAUAGCUGUACUUACAGCAGCGAACAAUGGAAGUAGAGAAGAUGAUAGGGACGAAGAAAAUAAGAAAGAUGAAGAGCACGUGGCAUACGAUAGAUAUGAAGGCUACAGUAGCCAGUGAAUUCUGUAAUCGACGAAGACUGAGCCAAUAUCUAGUGUGAUAGCAGUGGCAGCUAGGCCAUUCUUCGUCAUUUCUUCUUAUAUUCCAUAAGAAGAAGAAUAAUAUGUUUCACAGGAAGAAUAAUGUGCCUUCAUAGUCGUUCACUAAUGUUAGAAAAUACAUAGAGCUUUCUUAACUCGACACUUGACUGCCUUAUUUUGGAAAUUUGAACUUUAAUUCUUUUAUGAUACAGAGAUACCGUGCUUAACUUGCAUACAUUAGCAAAUAACGUUUCCCAGGUAGCUUCUUUUUUAUUUGUUUUCAAUUAUUUUGCAGGUAAAUGAGGGGAAGUAUGACAGUGCUGUAUCCAUAUUCAAUGAGGUUGUAUCUAUUUUUUUGCUUAUUGGAAGGUCAAUGCUGUGAAUUUUCUCUGACUUUCUGACAUUAUCAUCAUGCUUCCACAGAUAUUGAGGGAUGAUCCUGAGUCUCCUGAAGCAUUGAUCGGAAGGGGUACGGCAUAUGCAUUCCAAAGAAAACUCGAUGUGGCUAUUUCUGAUUUUACAAAGGUAAAAUAAGCUUUGUCCGUCUCAUGCAAGACAUUCCUGAAUUCUAUAUUUUUUUUAUGUGGUUAAAACGGUUUUUCCACUUCAGGCAAUAGAAGCGAACCCACUAGCUGGAGAGGCAUGGAAACGGCGAGGCCAAGCACGUGCUGCUUUGGGGGAACAUAUGGAGGUUUAUCUUAUUCAUUUAUUUAUUUAUUUGUGAAAAAAUACGUUCAGUAUUUAUUUUUGAUAGUGAUAUUUUAUGGUUAAGGGGAGCAUUGUGUUGCCAAAGAAGAUGAAAACUAGAUAACUGCCAGGAGAAAAGAUAAUUGAGAUGUCCUGCUAGAAAUGAAGAUUUUUUUCUGAACUUUUGGUUGCUAAUAGUCGAUUUUUUGAAACUUUUGGCGAUCUCUCUUUAACUGUUCUGUAAUUUCGGUCUCCAAAGCCAAACAUGCGUCUGUUUGCUAGAUUUUUUUAAUUAUGUUAAGUCCCCAUUUACUAAAUCUCAGUUAAUGCUUCAUGCCGUUUGAGGAGGUAAGAUUAUUACAUUCAGAAUUAGAAUCGGACUCUUGCUUCUUCUUUUUUGUUAUCACAGGAAUUUUUUUGGAAAGUAUUGUCAAUAAAACAUGUCUAUUGUCUGUAAUUCAUAUAUAUAUAUUUACAUAUAAUUUUUAAUUUAUGAAUAUUUAUUAUUUUAUCUCAUUUUAUGCUUGUCAUUAUGACAUGAUCACAGCGUCCCCAUUAUAUUCAAUAAAAUAAUAACAUGGUAGAUAUCUAGAGAAUAAAUAGAAAUACCAUUCUUUCCGGAUACUGGUUAGAAAUUACGCUUAUGUUUUUCAAAGAAAUUGUGCAGGAAACUGGGUAGUUUUUAAAAUCUUGGACUAGACCCCAUUCCACUGUCGUACAUUCCUUGUUAGAUUGACCUGGUGUAGUCCUACGCAUUUUGUUGAUAUAUUCACCUUGUCUAUUUUACAGAAAUUAUCAAUACUGUCUCAUAUCUGUUGUCCUUUCGUCAGGCGAUUCAGGAUUUGACAAAAGCAUUGGAGUUUGAGCCAAAUUCAUCAGAUAUCUUACAUGAAAGGGGUAAGUUCAGGACACUUACUUUUUCCCAUUGUCUUUUCUUAGACUUUAUAUUCUAGCUUUCAUAUCCGAUUUCUUCGUUCAUAUUUCACAUAAUCUCAAUUCUUCAUGAAACUAGAUAUUGGUGAAAUACAGUCCUGUUGGUCGGAGUUAGGUUAGGUACCGUAUUGGGAUGUCAUAAAAUGUGGAACAGCAUUCAUGACGACAAAACGAUCGACAAUGGGAUUACUUUGGCGAUAUAUAGCUUCUUAGAGUAUUGUUGUAUAGUAAGAAAAAUCCCUUUCUGAAAGAAAGAAAAAUCUCAUCUUAUUUUUUUUGAUUUCCUUACACAAACUUGCGUAUGUCUAAGACCGAAUCCUUUUGAUUUCUAAAAAGGAUUACUAAUCCUUAACUUUUCUAGGAAUCCUCUAUCAGUGGUUGUGGAUGAAUGACUUAAGGGCUAAUUAUACACGCCUGUUUAUCCGUCUAUUUCUUUUUUUUUCUACUUGAAGAAUUUGUGUUAAUAUUUUCUAAAGAAAUCUGUCGUUCUGUAUAAAUAUAAAGUCUUGGGUAGUAUAUCCUUGGCCUUCACAUUAUUAUGACGUUUUCCAGAUGAUUAGUGGAUGUGUACAUCACUUCAAGAGAAGGAUUUGUUCCUUGCUAGUGAGUAUCCGUUUGUAACAUCAUUUUUCUCUUAGGAAAGUCAUUACACUCUAUGUUAAGAGAGCAGACGAGAUAGUCUAUUGAGUGUGCAUGGAAGUUAGUUGCUCCAUGAUCACUUAACGGUGAAAUGGUGGCUCAUGCUAUAUUGUCGGGUACUUGGAGGGGAAUGGAUGAUUCGACAUUCGGUAGUGUCUGCGAUUUGCAUCUAGAAGCUGGCAGUUCGAUUUAUAUACCCUUGACUUAAGGUCUGUGGUGGGUAUGCUGGAAUUAUUGGAGUGGUUUGGCUAAUGGCUAUGUAGGUGUUGGCCUAUUUUGGUGCGUUUAGUUUGACUUCUUUUCGGAUGUAUACCUUGACCAAAUUAUAUUCCAUCAAUUGAUACUCGCUAGUACAUUUUUAAGUGAAUGCAUUAAGUUUAACUAUUCAGCUAAUUGUCGGCUACACAACUUCCUCCCAUUCGUUGUAUUGAUACCUAGAAAGAUGGCGGUUUGGAAGCAGGGGGUGUAGUCUUCUAGAAAGCAUGAAAACCUCCUAGGUAGUGAUGCAGAAGCUUCUAACUAGUGCUUAUAGCACGAAAACUGAAAGUUAAAUAAAACAAAGUGAGGGAAUAGUCUAGUUUUAUAGGUGGGUAAGAGGUUUCUGAGGGUAGUGGAUACUUUUGCAAGGUAUUGAUGAACGGGGUAAAAGUUAGAAAGAGAUAAAAGAAGAGAUUAAGGGGAGAUCAUUAAGAAACCAAAGGUCUAAACCUUGCAUCCACUCUUCCCAUACCUAUUUUUGAAUCUCACCUUGUGCUCAUGUCCACCACUCUAAUUGUUAAUUUCAUAUUAGGGAUGGCAUACUUGGUGAGGAAAUCAAAACGGUUGUGACGGGAAUUAUGAAUACCCAACGAUGAUAAUCAUCUGAUUAUGCAUUACAGAAAGUAAAGGAAAAUUUCACUAUACUUUUUUGUCUGUUAAUAAACUGGAUGCCAGUUACUUUCAAGAAAACUCUACUAAUUAUUGAUGCCUCACAAAUAAACUUUCAGGGAUUGUCAGUUUUAAAUUCAAGGAUUACAAUGCUGCAAUAGAGGAUCUCUCAUCAUGUGUGUUGCAUGAUAAGUGCAAUAAAUCUGCUUACACUUACUUGGUAAGUCAAUCCGGGAUUUUCUUGUCCCCUUAGUUGUUGAUUGGGACCUGAACUACAAUUUUUGAUGAAAGAAGUUGUUAAAAAAAUACCCUUUGCAUUUUGUUGCAGGGUUUGGCGUUAUCAGCACUAGGUAAGUAUAGUAGAGCAGAAGAAGCAUACCUUAAAGCUAUACAUAUUGACGAAACUUUCCUUGAGGGAUGGGCUCACCUAGCACAGGUAUUACAAUAAAAUCAUUGACUUUCUAAAUAUGCACCUUCUAAUUAUGUUUCUUCUCAUGGAUAUUCUUCACCUGUCAUUGCAAAUGAUGGAAAGCUUGCUUUCCUAUUUUAUUUUAUUCUCUCUUUUUUCUUUUAGAACGAAAUUAAAUGGUGUGAAAAUUCCCAGUUAAUAUUGAUAGGUCUAGCAGUUGUUGUGGAAUUUCUACUUCAUCAUUUUAGCGUAUUUUUCUAUAACAGUUUCCUGCAAUUUAUUUUUCACACGACAUGACAAAAUUAGAAACCCAUGAAGUCGGACUCUUUACAAUUAUGUAAUACCUUUCUGUCUCUUCUUAGUCUUGACGUACUUUUUAAAUACAUAAAAAAAAAUCCGAAAUCAAUGCACUUGCUUGUUCAAAACUUGCCGCCAUUAUUUGGAAAUCGCUAUUUUCUUUCCCGUUGAUGGUAGUUUGUUGUGUACCAAGGAACAAGGAGAAAAAGCCUGGUCUUUUCCUUCCGAAGGUUCGAUUUCCUAAUAUUGAUCACAAAAAUAUCUGUAUGCUUCUUGCUCGUUUAGCCUGGUUCACCAUCCAAUGCCUAAAUAAACUAUCAUUUUGUUCAAAUUUAGGAAAAUAACAUAUAUUUUGGUCAAAUUCAAGGAAAAUGAAAUGUCAUUCGGUCAAUUCCGCACACACUUGACAUUUAGAGGAAGGAUUUACUGUCAAUUAGCACCAGAAAAGUUAGAACACAUCAGCAGAGUUAAUGGAGCAUGCAAGUUAUCGAGUGAGGAAAUUUAAUGUCCUUAAAGAGAAAACACACUUGCCUGAGAUAAGUGAUGUAACCUGCUUUUCUGGGUUCUAAUCAACACCCAUAAACUAAGAAAACAUCCCACAUUCCUGUCAUAUAAAUGCUUUUACAGGAAGAAAUGAAUUCACAUCUUGGAGUAUCUUUUUUAGAUAGAAUGUCUUCCAAACUUGCUACAAUAAGUUUUCAUUGGCUCCGUACAUGCUCUUAUUUGUUCUUACUCUUCCCUUUAUAACCCUCAGAAAAUAAUUUCCAUGUCUGAUGUAGGUUGGUGUUAAUUGCUUAAAAACGUAACAUGCGAGAUAUGGGAUUUGGUGAACGAUGCUGAAGCAUCUACCCUUUCAUCCUUUUCAUGAAACUGCAUUCUUGUUUAAAUUUCGCUUUGAAGCCCAACAAUCAGUUUUAGAUAUUAUAUCUCAUCUUUUAACAGUAAUAUAGAAGUGAACGUAAGUUUCAAGAGCAUGUUCUAAACUGCAUAGUGCUUGUUUAAUUCAUGUUAAUCCAUAUCUCUAAUUGCUUUCGUAUUCAUUAAGAAAGUUUGCUCUGCAUGAUAGAACCUGUGUACUGAGAACAUUUGAUGCCUGGUGAUUGGGUGGCCGUACAUGGCAGUGAUUUUUUUUAUUUAAUUUUCUCUUAAUAUGUGUUCCAAAUAUUUCUGUCUUUGCUAUGAUUGUCGCUAUAUUUCUCAUGUUUUAAGGAUUCUUCUACCCAUUUGUUGAAUUUUUAUUCAGUAGCAAAAUAACAUUUGGAUAAAUGAUUCGUCCAUGAAUUCUCUAUGGACUUCCUGGGAAUAUGACUGAAGUUUAACCAACAUGUGCUGUAGUUUUACCAAGAUUUAGCAAAUUCAGAUAAGGCAUUGCAGUGCCUUAAGCAAGCCCUGCAUUUUAACGGAAGGUAUUUAUAUGGGGGAUCUUUGUUCUCAAGAUCUAUUCUGCAACGAUGAUUGGUUGACUCAUAUUCUUUUGUUGUUUUUCAUAUGCCAUAAUCUUUAGGUUUGCCAAGGCGUAUCAUCUCCGCGGAUUACUCCUCCAUGGAAUGGGCCAACAUAGGUAACAUAUUUUCUAUCCAUCGAGCUAGUCAUAACUAUUUUUUCUUUGAUGGACAAAGAUAUGGCGAAUUACAUAUGUAAAAAUUGAAGCGACUCCUUUUCUGUUGCCUCUGUUAGACUUUAUCCCAUCUUUUGGACUGUUGUGCCUGAUUGCUGACGUAACAGAAAUUUGAAGAAUUGAUAACCUGAUCACGUUUCAGCUGUGGUUGUAUAUUCUGAAAGCAAAAUCAUGACCUUGAAUCUGAAAGGAACGUGUCUUGGUUGAAAACUCCUUUCCCUGAAUCCACAGAAUGAAGCGAUUUCGCCUCUUGAGUCCACAAGAUCAAAAAUGGCUCCCUGAGUCCACAGGGAUAUUGGAAUCCACCAGUAGAAGGGGAGAACCUCCAAAAAGGAAGGGAGCUCGAAAAAAUUGAUUCAUAAAAACGUGCCUCCUUGGGGCUACAAGGGGGGACCUAUUUAUAGGCUGAAAAUUCGUUAUAACUAACCUAUAAAGGGGGGAAUCGGUUAAGAUCUUAGAAAAUAGGGAGAAGAAAACAAAAUACGCCUUCCUAUGAAAACGGAGGAUUCUGUUAGAAGGCCCCUAAGAAAUAGGAACGCUCUAAACAGAAUAAGGGAAAUUUUACAUGAAUAAAAUGUGCAAAUUGUAGGAUUUAGGUUCACUAAACAUGUGACCAAAUCUCUUAGUGGACCAUUUGAAGCUGAAUUUGGGCAGAAGAUAGUCUUCACGUCUCUUGAGUCUCUGAUUCAUCUGAGAUGGUCUAAAACUUCAUUGCACUUGAUUCUAUUGUAUUUUUAGCCUUUUCGAUGCAGAUCUUAUUACUUUCUCCACCUGGGUCAAAAACCUUCCAUUCCUCAUUUGACAGCAGUUUCUGGGCUACGUCAAUUGCCUCAUUGUUAUUUGAUAGACGUUGUACUGAAUACCUUGCGGUUAUUGGGACGCAACUAGGACUUAACACUUGCAAUUCUGAAGAGUUAUAUGGUUGCAUCUGUUGAAUAUUGGAAUGUAGGGCGAUCAUAGUUUAAUAAAGCUGUUGGGUAUGUCGACUGCUUACUGUGUAUAAGGGGUAGGAGUGUCGACAUUGAGGAUAAUGAUAAACAACAGGAAGGUGAUGGCUUGCAAGUUCGUCAAGCAUUAUUUUCUCUCCUCAAUGCUUUUCACUGAUUUUCACUCUCAUUAAUCUCCUUUGUAUGUUUGUGCCUGCAGCUGCGUUUUUAAAAUGAAUCUUGUUUGAUCUCCUGACUCCUCUGUAAUGUGGGCAUGUGCUGACAUCAGUACUUGGCUUUCAAUAAUCGGAAUCAACAUUAAGUUAGGGUAAAAAAUCUGAUAUAGAGAGAUAACAGUUAUUCAUAUUUGACUUGAUUACUCUACGUUCUUGUAGAGCAUAGAUGUCUCUGUACGCAUGCCCUGAAUGACCCUGAAGUUUAAAUUGAGAUCUUUGGUGUAUUAAUUUGUUGGUGUGGUUUCAAAGCAGAAGUUUAAUUCGGAAGCAUUCCGACAAGCCCUAAAAAAAUGUGAAUCAGUGUCUGAACUAGGGAAGCGGAUCAUUUAUGCCACUUUAGCAUGUCUUGUUGAUCAAAGUAGUGUUUGAAACCAAAAUUUUCCUUACAAUUAUUUCUGGGGAGAUCACAUCAAGUCCAAUGAAGAACGACUCUGUUUGGUUGUGCUACUCUUUUUUAGCGAAUAUAAUAUUGGGAAUUGGGAUUAUAAUUGUCUUUUUAGAGAAUUCUAGGGCUCUCCAUUGUCCUUUAUACAAUUACGGGGUCUGGGGCUCACCAGAAGCUUUCAGUUCUCUCUAAAUUUUUAGGUUGUGGACUGAUGUCUUUUCUCAUUUGGUUAAUAUUUAUCUUUUCUAGUUUUAUAUUUGAAAAAUUACUGUGCAGAUAUGAAGUUGCAUUGUGUCAUGCAGGAAUGCUAUUAAUGAUCUAUCUGCUGGGUUGAGCGUAGAAAGUUCGAACAUCGAAUGCUUGUACUUACGUGCCUCUUGUUACCAUGCCAUCGGUGAAUAUAGAAAUGCGGUAUUUCAUAUCCUUCCUUGAUUUUUUACCCCUUUCCUAAUUUAAUUUGCCUACAGAAGCACCCUGGCCUCUGCUUGGCUUGAUGAAUAAUUGAGGGAUUUCUGUAUGGUUUCGAUAAACAUUCUUAGGCAUCUCGGGCAUGUUCUUGGUUGUGUAUGUGAUCUAGUGCAGGAAUGAUGGGAAAAUGUAAUGAUAGAUGCUGCAUAGUUACGAGAAAUAAUGAUGGCAAUUUUCCUGUUUUUUUGGAAGAAACUACUAGUUUUUUAACAUGGAAUCCUCUUUAUCUGGUGAUAGUUGGCUGCUGAAUUUUUACAUUUUUAGUCCAGUCUUACAUGGUAUUUAAAGUUAAGGUAUCCGAUCACAUGGUCUCUUUUAGUGAAGCAACCUUAUAUGUUUUUUGAGGGGAUGAUAAAGUUUGAACAAAAGUAGCACAUGGAUUUUGUAGAAAGAAACUCUGAACAUGGUGUCAAUUUUCCUCGAUAAAAAACUCUCAUCAUGAAUUCAAGUUAUAUCACCGAAAGGUUUUACUAACUAGAAAUAUCCAUUUGAUAUCUUCUUACUUGUCUUUGUCAGGUGAAAGACUAUGAUGCUGUCCUGGAUCUGGAACUUGACUCUGUAGAAAAGUUUGUACUACAAUGUAUGGCAUUUUAUCAGGUAAAUUGAUGCGUAGCUUCAGUUUUCUAAUAUAUCUUAUAAAGUUCUGUUUUCUUGUGGUGGCUUUUCCCUCGUCAUUACAUUCUCAAAUUUUACUUUUUCCUUUUCUCUUGAAAUGUUGACGAUCAAACUAGGUUUGGUGCACUGGAAAGACCACCCUUGCACCCAUGGAGAAAAUGUUAUUUUUUUUCGAAAUGAUUAUUUACAAAGGGGAAUUGUCUGGUAUUUAUACCAGUCCUUGGAAGGUUCUAGAUACAGCUAUCAUCAAGCUGGCGAGUAGAUGUCAUCCAUUCCCAGCUUAAGGAUAAUCUUCUGUAGUUGUGUGCGAGAGAUACCCUUGGUAAGCAUGUCUGCCAGCUGAUUGUGCGUAGAGAUAUAUGACAUACAAAUCAAAUUUGCUUCCAACGUUUUUUUGAUGAAAUGAUGACCAGCCUCCACGUGCUUAGUACGAUCAUGUUGUACUAGAUUAUGCACAAUAUUAAUUGUUGACUUAUUGUUGUAGUAAAGCUUCAUAGAACCAGUUAGAGAGAUUUAGCUCAUCAAGUAAGAUCUUUACCCAAAGUAAUUCACACACACCAUGGGCAAGUUCUCUGAAUUUAGCUUCAAUACUUGAAUGGGUAAUCACAUUCUAUUUCUUACUCCUCCAUGUAACAAGGUUGCCUACAAUGAAUGUGAGAUAUCUAGAAGCCGAUCUUUGGUUAAUCGUUGAUCUUGCAUGGUCUAUAUCCGUAAAUAUUUCAAUCUCUACUUCCCACUUCCUGUGAAGAGAACUCCUCUGUUCGGUGUGCCUUUCAAGUAAUGUAGUACUUGAUAGCCGUAUGUAGAUGAGAUUCUUUUGGCGGAUGCAUACAUUCUCUCAAUAUAGCUACUACAUAAGAGGUAUCUUGUAGGUGUCAGAUAGAGUAGUCAACCAAUGAGACGUUUAUACAUCUCAAGGUCGACAAAAGUCUCUUCCUCUACCAUACAGAAUUUGAGAUUCGGAUCAAUGGGUAUGCUAGCUGGCUUAAAUGCCAAUUUCCUUGUAUCCUUCAACAGAUCCAUUACGUACCAUUUGUGGGGAGGAUGAAUCGUUAGAGCAUUUGUUUCUUGGAUGUUCAUUUUUCUUACAACUUUUGGAAACACAUCUGCAUAGAGUAGACACCCAAUGGCUGAUGCUUGGGAUAACAUUGGAGCUGUAUAACGACUGGUAUUGAUAGUAAGUACUGUAAGGAAGAGCCACCUCAUUAGAUGACAAGGUACUUUGUUAUGGACUUUAUUAUGCAAACUUCAGGGAGCAUGGUUUGUAGAAUGGCCUGCCACUUUUUUGGUAUAGACCAUGAAAAUAUUGUAUCAAGAGUGUUCAUAUAUAUUUGUAUUCCUCGUUUAAAAUUCAACAUGUUUUCGGUAUCAUCCACUUUCAAAAUUUGGGCCAGGGGGUUUACCGUUCAGAACUGAGUUAUAGGAUUAGAAACAAAUAUAUAUUCUGGCCAAAAUCUUGGAACUUUAAGGAGACACCAUCUCGGAAUUCUUGAGUAAGUUGUCAUUGUUUUAGAUUCUUACUUCCUUUAGCUGAUCAGAAAAAAAUGUGUUCAGGUGGGGUUCUCUCUGAAUUUUUUGUUUAUCUUUCUUCUAUUUUUCUAUCUUUCUAUAUAAAAUAAAAAAUGGAAAGAAGACACGAAAGUUGGUGUGAAAUUUAUGGGACCUUGUCCUAAUUCAAUGGCAGCAGAGAGAUGGUGCUUUUCCAAACCUACCAUUUUCUUCUUUUCACUGUGGUGUCUAUCAACGUUAUUUGUGAUAGCCAUAUCUUUGUUGUUUCGGGAAAUUUUCCAUGAAAGGCAUAUUUCAGGGUUUGGACCCUUGGCAGGUAGGAUGGACCGAUUCAAUGAUGGCAGAUGUAGUGGUCGAUUUUGUCUUUUUUAUGUCAUCUGUUUUAUUUUUAAAGGAUAUUUUCACCAGGUUGUAAAGAUUUACAUCACUCCAUAAUGUUCCAUGGUUGUAGUCCUGUAAAGCAGUGGCAUUUAGGUAGCUGCAGGUCCCCGUAAGUCCGUGCUUUGUCUCUCUUCUUGACUGUCCAUAAUUGAAUAGGCCAUUUCUGCUUGGUUUAGAUUCUGAAUUUUAGUCAUAAGGAUAAUCAUAAGGACAUUUCUGCUUGCUUCAAUUAAUGAUGUUCUUGCACUAAAUUUCAUCUGUCUCUUGGAAUAUUUUUUUUCUCUGUUAAUGUGUAAUAUCUUUAGAAGUCUAAAGGCCUUAAAUUUUCUUUUCUUAUUCCUGUCAUCUUGUCUUUAUUCAAUUUCUCAGGCAAGCGUCUGACACUGGGAAAUGUAAUUUGAAAUUUAAUGCAGAAGGAAAUUGUUUUAUAUACUGCCUCCAGGGCCAACUCUGAGUUCUGCUGGUUCGAUAUUGAUGGUGACAUUGAUCCUAUAUUUAAGGUACUAAAAUGUAAUCUUUUUCUACUUAGUUGCACAGUGGAUUUUGCAGGAUUCAAUGUCAAGUCAGAUACCAUUGUACGUAGUAGCACCCUUGGAAUGCAUGUUCUGAGAACCCUUCACAUGCUUUUGACCUACAUGGGGAUGAAGGUGUAGAGAUCUUGUAAUAGUUGAAGGAUUUAUGAUUAUCAUGGCUUAGGGAUUCAUUAGAAUUUUCAGUUAGUGACCAAAAUAUCUUGUCUCUCUGUCGUCAAAGUUCUGAAGCUGUGCCUACAAGGCAUUAUUUGCAGGGAGUGUUUUUCUCUUCCCUUUGCCCAUAGUCUAUUGUUUUUAUUCCCGUAUCCCUACUGCUGUAUCUAUCCCUUUAUCGGCUUUAUCUUCUCUGGUUCCGUUCAAUUUCUUGGUGAUUUCAUCAAAGAAUGGAAAUCUAAAAAUAAAAUACUUCUUUUGUGAGUGAUGAUUAAUAAGAAUUUGAAGAGGAGGGAUAGAAUAUAAGGGAGAACAAUAGGGUUCGUAGAGGAGAAGUCACACAAAGCGCACUACUGGAUUGGGGCAUUUGUUCAUCCCAUAAGAGUAAACAGUACCCAUGCAUAGCACAUGAGAAUAUGGAUAAAAUGGGAAGAACGAGGAGAAAAGUCCGAUAAUGAAUUAUUGGGUCAAUGAUCCUCAAUAAUCCAUUGACAGCUACAGUACGAGAGCAGUCUUCAGCAGUCAUGAAGUAACUUCUUUUGGGUUUUGUUAUCAAAAUUAUUGUGUUUCAUGAUAAAUUGCCGUUGUGCAGUUGUUUAACCCAUUUCUUAGUGUUGUGAAACUAUUAUUCAAGCUGUUAAUUUUAGCACUUCUUUUCUCUUGGGGCGUAAUUUGGCCCAGUGUCUACUAGUUGUGCUUGGCAAUUUGAAUUAUAAAACCCUAGUCCUCUUAGUCUUCUUAUAGGCUUGCAAAUUGGCUUUGCUUCAGCCCGAUUAAUGCUUCUUCUUUUGGCUUAUCAUUUGUGUUUUUGUUGUUGCUUCUUGUCACUGGUAAACUAUGCUUCAAGUAUGGGAACCACAAAUAUAUCUGUGGUUUGAAUUAUGCUCUGGCUCAAGGAUGAUGGAAUCUUGGACGAAAAAAUCGAGCAUGAUGUUGGUAGAAUGGAAGAAACCCGGAACACAGAACCUCUGUCAGAAAAGGGUUGGAUUUUUUUUAAAAAUCUGGUCGAAUAUUUGAUUAGGAUCUUGUAUUUUGGACAGUCGAAAUUUGAUUUCGUAGGUGAGGAUCAUGUAGUUAAUGCUCCAGUGUAGUUUUACAUGAGGAAAGACAGUGCGUGGAAGAUGGGAUCCUAUUCCCCUUUCAAACCAAAAUCUUUACUUGGAAAGCAAUAUGCAUUCGGAGCCAUAUAUUUUCCAUUUCUUUGAAUAUUUAUCUUUGGAAAAUGGCAGAUUGCAUGUGGUCUCAAGGGGUGUUGGUUUGAGAGGAUUGUACAGGGCAUUACUAAUGUGGUAGUUGUACGGUGUCUUAUAUUAUGUUGAUGGAAUAUUGGAAUAUUUUAUUUAUAAUUGUAGUAAAUUAAUCAUUCAGCUAAGGAAUUUCUUCAUGAUGUUAAUGCACAUCUAUGUUUCGAAUUCUCAUAUAUCUUCGUUCCAAAUUUCAGGAGUACUGGUGCAAGAGAUUGCAUCCCAAGUAUGUGUGUGAAAGAGUUUUCAGGCAAACUCCUCUUGCGGAAACUUUGAAAAAGGGUCGCCUUAGAAAGCAAGAUUUUAUCAUUACUAAGCAUAAGAGUAUUCUACUACAAGCAGCUGAUUUGGUUGGCCAGAAAAUUCAAUACAAUUGUCCAGGUUUCUUGUCAAAUAGGCGUCAGGUAAUGUGGCGUAAACUUGCUGCUGUCAUACAUUUCUUUGUACUGCCUAUUAAAGGCAAUUAUACUUCUUGCAUGGGAGUUUCAGGUUGAAUGUCCCUGUGGACACUCUUCCUUUUCCUUUUUUUUUAUUUCAAGGUCCUUGGAGGUGAUUCAAGGGAAGGCCCCAAUUCAUGCUAAAAAGAGAAAGGGAUUGACAAAGUAUGUGUUGGACAGAACACAUAAUUUGGAGUUCGAUUCUUAGUUAUACCGUCUGAGUUUGUUGGUUUCCUAGUUUUUAGGCAGUUUCCUUGUUUUGUGGUCUGUACAUGUGCACAACAGUCAUCUGUGAUGUGAAUACGAGUUGAGUUUGCACUGUUCACGACAUGGAAUCAGAGCCAGAUUGUAUUCUCUGGCUUCCAGAGGAUCUAGGGUUUGCUGCCACAUGAACACCUGGAUCGUGACGUUUUUCUUCUCUUUUGCAGCCUAGGGUUGCCAUUGAUUUCGUUGUCAGCAAUCACAGUAGGUUGAGAUUCCCUACUCUUGUUUGCAAAACACUUUUUUGAUCAUCGACCUUCAUUGUUGAUCCUUUCAGCCUUGAUUGCUGUCACCAAAUCUGUUUUUCUAACAACACCAAUCCUUUCACUGCAAGUAGCUUUCAGUUUUUCUAUAGAUGUCAGAAAUUGUAGAGAUGACCGCUACAACACAAUAUGAGGGGUUUGUACGGUUUCAGGAAUCUGGAGAAUUGCCGGGCGUUCAAGCUGCAUAUAGACUAGACAGAAAAAAAAUCCUGAAGUGGUCCCAAUAUGUUUGCACUGUGCUGAAAGGGAAGGAGAAGAUCAGCCAUCUCACAGAUACAGGGGCAAAACCAGAUGAUCCUAGGUUUGAGGCAUGAGAUGAAGAAGAUUCCAUGAUUAUGGCAUGGUUAUGGAAUUCAAUGGCUCCUGAGAUUAGUGACACAUUUAUGUUCUUGGCUAUAACCAAGGAUAUCUGGGAUGCAAUCCAACAGACAUAUUCUAAAGCUAUAGAUGCAGUUCAAGUCUAUGAAGUAAAAGGUGAAGACAAUGGCUGCAAAACAGGGAAGGAGAACAGUUACGGACUAUGCAAAUCAGUUGAAAGUUUUGUGGCAAUAAGUUGACCAUUAUAGGGUAAUUAAAACAAAAUGUCAUGAGGAUGUAGCUAUCCUAAAAGAUUUAAUUGAGCAAAACAGAGUCUAUGAUUUUUUUUAAAGACUCAAUCCAGAAUCUGAUCAAGUAAGAAUUCAUAUUCUCAGCAAAGAGGAGGUUCUCUGCUUUAAUGAGGUGGGGGCAGUGAUUCGAGGAGAGGAAAUCAGAAGCCUGAUGCUCGAAGCACAAGGUAUCGGCAAUGGUGGCUGGACGUGGCAAUAAUUCAACCACACACGUAGAGAGAGCACGGGUUGAUAGAAGUGGAAACUCCAUACAAAUGAAGCCCUAGAAUCGCGACCAUAAGGAUACCCUUUGUGCCCUUACUAAAGGAGGCAUGUCAUUCUCGUGAAUGGUGCUGGAAGCUUCAUUGGAGACCUCUGAGUUAAGAAUGGGGACAGAAAAAAGAGCAGUCGAGGAACAGUGGUCAAGCCCAUGUCACGAUAGUGCAACAUAUUAAACAGCACCAAUCACGAUGAGAUCAAGAGGGUGAGAUCUAUUAUUGACACUCUUGAUAGACCCUGGGAAGAUAUGCGGAGGAAAGACUCAACUCGUAUUCACAUCAGAGAUGACUGUUAUAUACGAGUAUCAGGCUCACAAAACAAGGAAACUACCUAACAAGUAGGAAACUGACAGACUAGGAAAAGAACCAAAAACCGAACUCCUAAUUAUACAUUCUUUCCUGCAGUAUGAACGGUCAUAUAAUGUUAAUCGAAUGUGCAAAGAAUAAUCUGUCAGUUCAUUGCAUUGACGGAAGGAGUUUUUGGGUGGGAAUGCAUAUUUUAUGCGAUGGCUUCUGGCAGCACCCAGUGGCAGUAGUUGACAGAUUUCAGGAGUUCGAUUUUUUUCCUCCUUUCUUUCGAUCUUGUUCCUUGUGUGGCAGCGGAACUGUGAAAAACCGGUCAUUCCAAUUAAAAGGUGGUCAGCUAGAUCAGCCAGAAGAUCGUCCAGUUCUACUUGAUGUGGUCUCUUUUCUAAUUCUCAGGGAUUGCGCCAAAGUUGGACUAGCCAAUCUAAAUAUGGAUCAUCUGAUUCCAAGUAACAACAGUUGGAUUCCCCUUCAGAUGAAAUCAGAUUUGAUAAGUUACUGCAUUUCUUUCCUUGGUUUGUAGUUUGUAAAAGAAGAAAUUUUCCCUCUGAAAUUCUGAUUUAUCAUCUCAGUGUAUUAAUGAACAUUUUUUUUGAGAUAAUGGUCACAUGACAGAAAGGAAAGGAUAAUUAUCAUAUCUGUUUUGAUCUUUAUAAUGAUCUGUCUCUGCGUUUCUUAUUUUCAGUCUAUUGCCAAACCUUGGAUUCUUAAUCCAUCGCUCUCUUGAUAUUUAAUAACCCUCUGAAGGUCUUGAGUCUCUGUUUUAAACCCGUCUGCUUACCACAUCAAAGAUUCUGAUGAUCUUUAUUUUUUUGGGGUUACUUUGCAGGCUUUUCCAGACACUUUACUUGCAAUAGUUGGAAUGUUUUUUGCAUUAGCCAGUAUUACUAAAAAUCUUCGGCCUGUAAAUAAUUGCUGCUUAUGGCCUAUAUUUCUGUAAUAAGUUUUUGAGGAUCUCCCCGGAAGUUAGUAAUUAUUUAUCUGCUUCUUCAACCUUGUGAAUUGACAUGAACUUUAAUGACAUCCGUAUCUAGCGGGCGAAAUGGAAUUAGAUGAGUCCUGGUGAUUUGUUGUCCAUCGGGUUUUAAUAAGAGGCGAAUCAUAUAGAUCAUUCUGCAGUGUCGAAUAAGAUCAAUGAGUUUACUCUGUCCCAAAAGAAACUAUGCGUACCCCAAAAGAUACAUUUUGGGGUUCCGAUUUAACCAUGUUAUGUUAGGGAAAUCGGAGUUUUCUCUGUGGAGGAUUUCAUAAUGAACGUUUCUUCAUCUAAUGACUUCACUAGACUGUCUUUACAACAAAUUUGGUUAGACUACAGCACUACCAGCUGAAGUGUUAUUCAUGGCAAAGUCAUUUAUCCCCUAGAAUCUUAGCACGUCUCAGAACUUUUUCCUCAUCAAUUACUAUCUAAUCCGAGAGCGAAUCUAUAUCCUUGUCCUGUCAGUAGGCUUUCGCACCUGGUGCUUCUAGUUCUCCAUAUAGCUUUCGCAUGAUAUUCGAUUUUAUCAUGCUCAUCCUCUCCUAAAGCAACUCUAAUGUUUCUUUUUUCACUACCUUCUGCUAGGAACUUUUUAUGUGCAACUUUUCCCAGAUUUUCCCAUCUUUCAGGAUGGUGUUUUCUAUGAAUUUUGUUUCAUGAUGGUUUUAAAAAAUAAUUGUUCAUAAAGUUAAUUCGAUUGCAUGAUAUUAGUUAAGGAUUGGUAGUCUUCAAAUGUUUUCGUAUUUUUAUCGAAAAUCCUAGUUAUCGAAGAGUAUGAUGUUGAAGGGUUGUCCAAUUCUAUUUUCACUUUGCAAAUAUGUAGCAUUCGUGUGAAUGACAUUGCUAUCCAUGAAUAGUGUGAAAGGUUGUCACAGAUUUUCUGUAAAUUUGAAGGAAUUGAGGUCUGUAACGUGAUAGAAAUUGUGUGUGAUUUUCACUCUAAGAAUGCGUGAAGUCGUUGUAGUGCAGUGAGAUAUGGAAUCAUUAUGACUUUAUAUAUAUUAAAAAUCAUUUUAGUUGUUUGUAAUUGAUUUUUCUAGAAAUAUGUUAACAGCACCGAAUGGCGGGACUAGCUGCUAUUGAGAUUGCUCAGAAGGUUUCAAAAAUUUGGCGUUCUCUUCAAUCAGACUGGAGGCUGUCUAGUAAAAAUGGAAAACAAAAUGGUAAAAAAACGAGGAGGAAAGAGAAAAUCAGUUCGUCCAGUGUUCCUAGCCAAAACAGGGGUGGUGCAUGCAGCAGUAGCACUGGUUCCCCAGAAACCGCAUCUUCCCAUAGUUUCCCUGAAGACAGAUCAGGACCAGGGCGCUCUAUGUCAUGGCAAGAAGUGUAUUCUAUUGGAGUUAAAUGGAGACAGAUUUCUGAGCCCUGUGACCCGGUCGUUUGGGUUAACAAACUAAGGUAAAUACGGUUGACAUUAUGUGGCAAUAUCAAUUUACUUUUAUAUUCAUGGAUUUAUUUUCUUAUUCCUUUUGCCGAUAAUAAAAUGGCUCAAUUUCUGGUAUUCAGUGAGGAAUUCAAUUCUGGUUUUGGGUCUCACACACCAAUGCUUCUCGGACAAGCAAAAGUCGUCCGCUACUAUCCAAAUUAUCAAAGGUAUGAGGAAUUUUUUUUCUUAUCGAUGGAUAGACGUUUGGAAAAUAACUCAUUUCUGUCUAAGAAUGCAGGGCACUUGAUAUUUUAAAAUCAGUUAUGAAGGAAACCAUGUGCGUAUUCAAUGCAGAGGAUAAGCCUAUUCAUCUGUCUAAACCUGAUCUGCAAAAGGUUGGUACAGUGAGCUGAAACAUUUAAAGACCACUCCAUCCGAUGUUUAAUCUGGGAACAAAGUAAAAAUAAGAGUUAGAAGCACAUGACUGGAUCUAGAAUGGUCAUUAUCAAGAAACUUUCACAUGUACUGUAUUUACGAAAUCCCAUCUUAAAACGAAUAAAAAAAUUAUGGUGGAACAUUUACGCUGAUAAUUUUUUUCCCUUUAAACGCGUCCAUUUAUUAUUUGUCAUUAUCCUAUGUUUCAUUCCUAAAUCGUAUUACGUCAAUUUUUAUUUAGACACUUACUAGUUUGCAAAAAUUCCAUGUUAGUUUCUUCUUUCAGUGUUAGUAGUUGUGCUCUGUUUUAGAUUGUUGUGUAGUCGUGGAUUAUCUAUGCAAAGUUAUAUAUCUUUUUAGAUUUUAUCAGCUGUAAAACUCAUUUUCUAUAAAAGUUAAGGUUGAUGACACUGCAAAUUUCUUAAAUUUUAUAGCUAAUAUCUUAAGGGAUUACCAUUUUCAGAUAAUAAAUGCAAAAUCUUGCUCUGAUAUUUAUGGUGUUAUUGGUGAAAGCUUUUGGGUGGCAACGAGUUGUGAGAGUACUGCAUUUGACGGGUAAUUACGUUCAGGACAAUUCUUUGACUCCUUUGUCUUCUUGUACUUACCUCCUCGUGCUAUGUAAUAAGUGUACUACAUUUUUUAUGAUCGCUAAUCUUUAUACGUUGGAAACAUUUCAGAAAGCUUCUCGACGGGACAAGGAUCACUCUUCAAAAAAUGUAGGGUAAAAGUGAACUUUCGAUCUCAGUGAAGGCGUCACCUUUUUUUUCCCAGGUCUGUGAUACUUUGUGAAUGAAAUGCAGGGAUACAAGAGGAUUUGAUUUUGCAAUUAGAACACCUUGUACACCUUCCAGAUGGAUUCAGUACGAAACAGAAAUGACGAGUUCAUGGGAGGUAAGAUCAAGCAUCUUGGGAACUGCUUGGCUGGCUUUUUGUGGCAUGAUUUACAUUGCAAUCUCACUCAAUAAGGAUUUCGUGUCACUUGUGUUAAAGGACUUUUGCUACCUAGUCCAAAACCGUUUGGUGUUUCGUGGUAUAGUCGGGCGAACUUUUAUCACAGGAUUUAUCUCAUCCCUUCCAUUGUACGAUUAUUCUAAUAGAAUACUCUCACUUGUGAUUGUUGACUUGACUUCCUACGGUUUUCUCAGGAUGCCGAAUUCAUUAAAAAAAAAAAAUGGAGCUCUGAUUCCGUGCCAGCUUUCUCAAAGUCAAUACCCAUAGAUUUAGUAUGCUCAUUAUUUAACCAGUACUUUGGUCAUUGCCUCCAAUUCGCGAGGACUCUUAACAGUUAGAUGGAUUGGGUUUCUUGUUUUUCCCUGGGAGCUUGUCAUACCUCGGCUAUUAAAGUAGCUUACAAUGGAUCGGAGAUCUCACUGGUGAAGCAAUCAGAAAAGAUUUCUCUGUUAAGGAUGGUAAUGGAAAAUGAUGGAACCUCGGAUAUUGGAUGAGUAAGUUGUUUGAAGCUAUUAUUGCAGCUGGUAUCAAUGAUGAGGAGGCAGUUAUACUCAUGAUCUCCUCAAUAGGGAUGCUAAGCUGUUGGAGUCUGUAUUCUUGAUAUCUAUUAUUAGGGAUUAGGAGUUGACGAACUUAGUUGUGCAUUAUUUUACCGUGGUUAAUGUUGUAGCAUUCAAACGAAUUAUCUUUGUUCAUGUGAAGUCGCAAUUCCUGUUCAGAAUUUCGCUUUCUUGGGGAUAAAUGACACUUACUUUGGUUCAAGUGGAUUCAUACUAGGUCCUGUGAUGUAGGGGAAGAGUCAUUGGCUACGUAGUUAUCAAAUAACCAUGCACGAAUAGGAUUUAAUUGAUGUAUUUUGUGGCACUAACCAAUGUUGCAAGAUCCGACCUUCAUUUGGAAAUUUUCUGGACUCAAUAUCUUUCACUGAUUAGAAUAUAAUGACAAUACGCAAGAGCAAAAAUUUGAUCUUUUUUCAAAGAAAUUGUCAGGCCUCAGGUGCCAAUUGAGAGGAUGAAUCCUGGGAGACGUAAAUCAGUUCCUUAUCAAAAGCAUUUUUCCUCUCCAUAAUUUUCAAUUUCGGUUUCUUUUUUUCAAGAUGAAACUUAUUGUAAUGUAUCCUUCAAACGUAUGAACGUGAUCUUUAUUCACGAACCUUAAAGAUUAUUCUAGUAGACCAGAUUCUUGGUUCCACGACCGAGUCCAUGUUUGAUGUUUGGCUAUUUAGUCUUCAUUCAUUCUGUUCUUUUGAUUUUUGGGCUCCGACCAAGUCAUCUCAUCUCUCAGAUCUUCGAAAUCCUCAUCCUGUUGACUUUCAUCUCCUGCAUGUGCAGGCCAUUUGCAACGCUUAUUCCGGUGAAAUAUACGGGUCAACUGAUCUGGCUGCUCUAGAGACCGUGAGGGAUGCCAUUCUGAGGAUGGCGUACUACUGGUAAAACAGGAACACCCGCGUGAGCGAUAGCCGUCUGACAAAGUCAACGGGCCGGCAUCUGAUCUGAUCACCUGCAGGUACAAUUUCAUGCCGCUGUCAAGAGGAACCGCUGUGGUUGGCUACGUGGUCCUGCUGGGGCUGCUCCUCGCAGCCAACAUGGAGGUAUCGGGGAGCAUCCCGCAAGGCGUUCAAGUCGACUGGGAGGCCAUUCUGUCCUCCCAUCCUGAUGCCUUCUUGGAGUCCGUCAAGCCAUGGCUGUACCCAUCCAUCAAAGUCAACACCUCAUGGAAAGAUCUUCCCGACGUAUCGUCAACCCUCCCCACGACGGGGUCUGUCGUCGCCGCUUUAAGUUCCUACGACGAUUAA